CCUCCUUUUUGUGCCGAACCGUCCCCCCACGACGGUUUCGGCGUCACCUCUGAGAUCGUGAGGCCCUUGAAUCUGCCGUAUCGCGAUCCCCUCACACGCAUCCACGUAGCGACUCUGCUGGCCCGGGGGACACGACAAUGGCCGCACCUAACCCCAACAGGCCCGAGGUGGGCGACAUACUUAUUGUCAUCCACGACUUCCAGGCCCGAAGUUCCGAUGAGUUGACCCUAGCGAAGGGCGAUCGUGUCGAGCUGCUCGAGCGCGACGACGAGUUUGGAGAUGGGUGGUUCCUUGGCAAGCACACAGUCAACGGCAACAGUGGCCUGUUUCCAGAGGUGUAUACGCGGCCGGCGCCGAAAGCUGCCACACACGCUCCCGUGCUCUCGCCACCGAAGCAGCCUCUGACGCCCUUAGCCGAGGCCGCCAAAGAGCAGAAAACGGCCGCCGCAAGUCAGCCAGCGGAAGAGACUCGAAGUGCGCCCGAGCCCGAUUCGAAACCGGGCCCGGCCGCCCUCCCUCUCAGUUCCUUCAAGUCGCCGAUACCCCCUACCAGCCCCGCUCCGCCUUCGGCCAGCAGUGCCCCCGCCGUGGUCGGUUCCGGCCCCAGCAGCACUGCGCGGCCAAACACCAGCACAGAUAGCCACGUCCUGCACGAGACUCUGACGGUCAUCAACGAGCACAUCACCGAUUUCAACACCGCGCAGGGCAGCGCGUCGCUCCGGAAUGGUAAUGACUCCAGCAGCGAGUACAGUUCGCAACUGGAUCACAGAAUCUCGUACAUACAGGGCGAGGAGACAGACGAGGAGGAAGAGACGGUCCAUACACGCCAGGAGGUCGAGUCGUGGUCUGCCGACCAGGUCGCCGAGUAUCUGUUUACCGCCGGCGUGGAAAAACAGCACUGCGAGGUGUUCAGGGAUCAGGAAAUCACAGGCGAAGUUAUCCUUGGAAUGGACCAGACUUCGCUCUUCAUCAAGGCGCUCGACCUGGGUUCUGUCGGAAGGCGACUGAAGACGUGGCAAAAAAUCAAGCAACUCCAGGACCAGGUCAACGGACAGGCGCCGAGCACGGGGAGGAAUACCCAGACGUACGGGAGCGACGCCGGAUCCGACGCAGGAAGGGUGCGGAGCAGGACGAACACAAUAACGAGCUCGGGCCCGCGGCUGUCCCCUCUCAACGAAGCAUCUCUCUCUGCCAUGGCGCACCGGCAGUCGCAAACGCAGAAGCCCGGGCCGUACGAGCCUGUCUCACCCGUCUCGCCGCUUGUGGACAGCCCGACCCGCACGUUCCACGACAAACGGCCGUCUGCUGCAUCUGUCCGAGAUUUGCACCACUCCCGCCGCCACUCUUCAAACGAUUACCGCCUCACAGGCACGACGCUCAACACUCCGUCCAUCUCCUCCCCCAAGCCUCCAAUGAGCGGCGCGUUGGCCCGGCCGGCCGUCUCGCAUAAGAAGCAGCCGUCGUUCGACCGGAACUGGACGCUGGGGAGCGCCACGGCUCAGGCGUCGCGGCCUUUGUCGUCGGCGGGGCUCCAGGACGGCCUGUCGGGACAGGUGGCGGAUCUCCAAGAUUCUGCGGUCGAGCUCGAUCGGGGCUACUUCUCGGGCCCCGAUGCGGACUCUCGGCGACGCAACGUCUUAAAGAAGCGCGACAGCAUGCAAGCAUCGCCGAGGCCGAGCUAUGCCGAGGAGCAGCGGGUGCGGAGCGCCACGGCGUUGUCGCGGCACUCGAGGCUCGGGAGCACGGAUUCCGUCCGCGACUCGCCGCUAUCUCCCGCUGCGCAGAAAUACUACGGCGUUGCGAAGCGGUCGCCGUCGGCCGCAACCGCGGACUCGUUCCGCCACAUCUCGGGCUCGAAAGAGGCCGCACCCCCCACCGUCACAAGACUGGACAGCAAUUCGUCGAACCAGUCCCAGUCGUCGCCCAAGUCUGCCAUCAAGCGGCUAAGCCAAGUCAACCAUCCGGACUUCAACGUGAGCGUGAUGCUGCGGAGCGGAUUCGGAGGGUUACGGGCCGCCUCGGACGCUGUUACGGGUAGCGAACGAGCCAAGGUGUCGCCGGUUGAUCCGCCGUCCAAGGAGUCUCCGAUGUACUCGCCUGCCCGCACGGGGUCUAGCACGCCCUCGGGGGGGGCGAGUUUCGACCUCGAUUCUCCGGACGCGAGGAAGAGCCCAAGCACGGUGGCCACCCCGGCCAGCCGCAGCAGCCGCAAGAAGACGAAGCAGGAGACUAGCGCGUACACCCGCGGCCUCCAGAAGAUCAGCCCCCAAGAGGCGAUGAAGGAUGCCGACUACAGCGGGUGGAUGAAGAAGAGGAGCGCCAAUCUCAUGGCGACGUGGAAGCCGCGCCUCUUCGUCCUGAAGGGCCGGCGUCUCGCGUACUACUACUCCGAGGACGACGAACAGGAGCGAGGCCUGAUCGACAUCUCGUUCCACCGGGUCCUCCCGGCGGACAACGAGCGGCUCACGGGCCUCCAUGCUACGCUCACGGGGGCCUCGAGCACACCCGCCAUGCCGGCCGGGAGCCACAUCACGACGUCGGCGGCGGCCGACGCGGAGCGCGACCCGGCCAAGGAGUCGGACUCCAUCUUCAUCUUCAAGCUGGUGCCGCCGCGCGCCGGCCUCUCGCGCGCCGUGAACUUCACCAAGCCUACGGUGCACUACUUCGCCGUCCCGAACAUCAAGCAGGGGCGGCUGUGGAUGGCGGCGCUGAUGAAGGCGACGAUCGACCGCGACGACACGCAGCCGAUCACGACGACGUACCAGCAGAAGACCAUCUCGCUGGCCAAGGCGCGCCAGAUGCGGCACCGGCCGCCGGCGCUGAUGAACCUGGACGAGCCCGACGACGCCGGCAGCGAGAAGAAGGGGUCUGCCGGCGGCGGGAAGGACAGCAACGGGCUCGGCAUCGUCUACGGCGAGGUCGACAGCGCGAUCGCCGGCCUGGAGAAGUUUGGGUUGCAGCAGCAUCCCGAGAGCGCCCGGCCAGGGGGGUUCGGCGGCGGGCUCGGGUCGGAGAAAGACACGUCGUUGCUGCCGCAGAGUGCUUAGGCGCAGCUUGGGUGUAUGAACGUCUUGGGACGCUGACGGGGACCCGGCCGAGAUUUUUCUCCCCUAUUGUUUUUCCCUUGCCCCCAUCCAUCCAAACCAAUCCCUCGACCGAGACUGCCUGCUUGUGUUCGAAAACGAAAAAAACC